GCCCCGCGGCUAUUUGACAGACCCGCCUUUCUUGGCCACGUGCGAUUGUUGCGAAAGUAACAACGGGCAUAAAGUUCUGAUUGUUCGGGGGUCAGGAAGCAGUAGGUCAGCAGAGGACAUCUCGAGUGGAACAGUGCUACAAUAAGAUGGCUGAGGCUGAGAAGAGUCCUGAGGUCAGUGCGGCUGCAGAGGAACCAGAAUCCAUGGAGCAGCAGAGCGUGAUGUCGCGGCUGGGGAACCUCCCCUUCGUCAGCUCGGCGUGCGGCAUGGUCUCCAGCGCCUACACCACCACCAAGGAGGGCGUGCCGCUGCUGAGAGGGGUGAUGGGCGUGGCCGAGAGCGGCGUCCAGAUGCUGGGCUCCGUGGCGACCUCCGGCUCCAAGCCGCUGCUGGACAGGCUGGAGCCCCAGAUUGCCGUGGUGAACGAGUACGCCAUGAAGGGCCUGGACAAGGUGGAACAGAAUAUUCCAAUCCUCCAUCAGCCUGCUGACAAGGUGAUGUCGGACACCGUGGGUAAGGUGUACCAGUCCGUCUCCGGGGCUAAGGAGGCCGUUACCGGGGCGGUGAUGGGCGCCGUGGAGAUGACCCGCGCGGCGGUGAGCGGGGGCCUGAACACCGUCAUGGGGUCCCGCGUGGGCCAGAUGGUCAGCAGCGGGAUGGGCGUGGCCCUCUCCCACUCCGAAGACUGGGUGGAGCACAACCUGCCCCUGACCGAGAGGGAGCUCGCGGCAGUGGGAGUCAUCCAGGACUCGAGGCGUCAGCAAACAGAGUACACCUGCGCAGCUGCCCUCGCGGAACCCGCGCCCGACGCGGAGGCUGUGGUCCAAUCAGCAGGGAGCUCCAGCCCCAGCAGCUACUUCGUGCGCCUGGGCAAGCUGUCCUCCAAGGUGCAGGAGCGCGCCCUGGAGCAGUCCCUGGCCAAGGCCCAGCGGGCCCGGGACGUCACCCGCUCGGCCGCCGCCCAAAUCGGCAGCACCCUGGACCUGCUGGAGGGCGCGCGGGCCACCCUGGCCACCGCCAACGCCCACCUGGGCGGGGCCUCGGAGCAGCUGCAGCAGCGCUGGGCCGAGUGGCAGCAGGCCCUGCCCAGGGAGAGGGAGGAGGAGAAGAAGGAGGGACAGGGAGAGGAGAAGAGCGAAGGGGACCAGGGAGAGCAGCUGGAGUGGCGUGCCCUCUCCAUGGUGCGGGGCCUCAGUGGGCAGGUGCAGGCCGCCUGCUCCGGGGUGGUGUCCAGCGCUCAGGGGCUCCCUGGAGCCGUGCAGGAGCAGCUGGCCAACGCCCGUCAGGUGGCCCAGGAGCUGCACUUGUCCCUGGGCAACACCAGCACCCUCUCCCCCCACAUCCUGGAGCAGACUCGACUCCACCUGGCGCAGGUUCAGCGUUCUCUCGACGGCGUGACAGAAUACCUUCUCAACAACACCCCCCUCAACUGGCUGGUGGGGCCAUUUGCACCUCAGAUCACAGAAGGUGGGGAGGGGGAACCUGGAGAUAAAGGACAUCCCUAAAAAUCAGUGAGCGGUAAAUGAGCACUAAGAGGAAAGAGGAAACAUGGUAACAUUUCACAAUGAGGCCACAUGAUAUGCCAUUAACUAAUGUAUUUGUUGGCAUGAAUUCAUGAUGUAUAAAUACAUUAAGCAUGAAAUUUAGUUGGUAGUUUACAAAUACAUUAACUAUUAGUUAAUUAACUAUUAAUGUAUUUGGUACAUGAUUAUUUUAAACAUUAGCAAAACAUAGAGUAAAGUUAAAAUUAGUUAAUCAUUAUCAAUUGAAUUAACUGUUUUUUUUUUCAACCCCAAUAAGAAUUGCCAUAAUCUAAUGUAGUUGUUAACAUGAAUUAAUGAUGUACAUUAACAAAGCUGUACAGAUUAACUUUUCGGUAGUUAGUAUUUAGCAACUACAUUAGUUAAUGCCAGGUCAUGUGACCUCAUUGUGAAGUGUUACUGGAAAGAUAUCUGAUGACUGCACAUCCUGUUCUUUUUCAACAAAGACUGUGUCAGCUUGAAUGUUCUGUAAUACGUUGCAUAUAAUUGUCUAAGAGGUAAUAUAAUAUGUACUUAUAAAAGUCUGCAAAAAUAGAUAUAAUAAAAAAUUUAAAAGGCUCAUAUUCAUUUUUCAGCAAUGUAGUUAUUUUUAUGAUAUAGGGUCUGUUGACGGCCGCAGAUACAGUACGUGUAAACAUUGUCAUUAGUCAUUUGUGAAGUUGAAAAUUGCCAUUUUGUUUUUAAUGGAAAAAAGGAAUUCACUUGAACAGAGUUCAUACUCUCACAGACAAAAACACAGCGCAGGCUCGGGUUUGUUUAUCGUCAUUUGUCUAUUGUGUCUCAGCUCCAGAAGUAUUUAAGUCAGGAGUAAGUCAAAGCUUUUCUUUAUUAGUACUCUGGAAAUAAGCCUGUUGACAAUUGUAUGUGUGGUGUUUGCCUAUCUUUUACACUCCAACAGAUUGGCUGGGUGUUGUACUAUGUGCGUGUGUGUGUGUGCGGGCAUGAUCCCUGAUUUGAGGUAAUUUCUCACUGCUAUUAAUGUAAAAAGAGAAUGUAGUUUCCCUUACCUGAUGUGUUCACCUGUAAUUAAAGAAAUACCCUAAUUAAAACGGGUCAAAGCUUC